UUUUCAAAAUAUUUGUCUUUAGAUGAGCUCCCUCUGGAACAGCACAACCUUUCUUUAUCCUCCUUGGAGUUCAUGCCAAGGGAAAGCACCGUGCACAGCACUGCACACGUGGCCUUAACGGAAACCGCUCCAGGGUCCCAGCAAAGCAGUUCUCUCCACGUCAGAUCAUCUCCAUCCCCCAGUACUUUUGAUACGAACUUUUUUAACCAAGGAAAAUGGACCCAAAGUACAGCAGAUCACAGCAUCUUUGUGGCAAAUUAUGUGUCAGUGACGAGCAACGAGGUCAUAGAUGAUGAUGAAAUGGAUAACUUUUUGCCAGAGACUUCCUGGACCACUUCCCGUGCGGUUUCUCCCAUACGAUACGUCACACUCAGUCUGCCAGGGCUGCUCAAAGAAACCUUAGACUCCGUGCCAACUCCAUCGUUACCCAUCAUUUCUUUACAAGAUGAGGAAGUGACAUCAGCCUGGCAAAACACAGUGCAACAACCAACAAUGUCUGCUGAAUCCCCCAAUCAUUUCAGUGCUUUUCGGUCAGCUUUUCCCACUUCCAAGGGCAUAAUUCCAACUCCUAGUAGGAACUUGGUGUUUUAUCCUACUGAUACUUACGGGCACGUUUCAAGUAGGACUUUGCCGGAGAUUACGGCUUCAGGAGCAGAGGGCACAGAAACCCUCCUUCUCAGCUCGCAGUAUUCCGAGCCUCGACCACCACGUGAUGGCGUCACUCGGCAGCCUCCUCCCCCGUCAGGGCAGGUCUCACCGCCUCCAGAGGAUGCUCUGGCUGCAGGUACAGACAGAUACUCUGACGUGACUACUGCUUUGGGUCGAAGUCUGGAUGAAACGGUCUCUCCAGGCACACACCGCUCUGCAGCUCUGUCCCAGAUGGCCCUUGCCUUUGGCAGCAGCAGUGCACAUUUGGCUCUGUUUUCAACUCCUCUUGCGUCUGGAUUGUUCUCUACUCAAUCAGCCGGCGUUUCAUAUAACCCCUGUCUUCCCGUCAGCUCCAGUGAGGCAUCAGAAUUGCCUGGCCAUUCAGUGGUCCCAAGUCGUGCGGGUGACACUCACGUCUGGAGCCCAGUGUCUUCGUUCAGACCGUACACGUGGUGCGUGUCCUGCACUGCGGUGUCGCCUCGGUACGUGCUGUCAACGAGCCUCACGGAGAAGGACGUGGGCUCGGGGGAUGGUGCUGAGACCCUGUCCCUGACCCUCUCAGAAGUGAUCAGCGUCUCUCCACUGAGCAGCGUCACAGUGGACUUCUCUGAAUUUGACGAAGGCCCCCAAGAAUUUCAUACACUUUUCCCCUCAAGACCGAUGGUUCCCCUCUCUUCUCCAUCUGUGGAAAUCUCAGCAACGAGCGUCGGUAUUUCAGCUGAGGGGGAAAUGCAUAGUGUUAUGACCGCACAAGUGUACCCUCCCCAAGGCCACCUCUCUGUGCCUGUGUCACUUGACGCUGCUGCUUUUCGCUCCUCCUCUGUCGCCGAGACUCAAGUAAUGCCAUCCAGCGUGACAGCCGUGCUUUCCUCGGUCACCCCAGGUGCUCUCCUUGACUCUUCUUUCCCCAUCACAGCAAACAGAAACACACCAUCGCUUGCUGUCAGAGGCCCAGGUCUUCUUACGUCUUACAGUUUGGACCUGUCGGCACAGCCUUCGCUUUUCCCUGACCGAGAACCUGCCAGUUUUUCCCAGCGUGAAAGUGCAAGUAUUUGGGAGUUUACAUCCAGCUUUUUCUCCACUCCACCACUGGAAUUCAGCAGCUGGGUCUCUCCAUCUUCAGAAGUACUUGCUUCUCCGUCUCCGAGGUCAAGUGAUCUGUCCACCUUCAUUUCUCAGGCAUUUUCUACCUUGGUUGAGACACUUCCGUUGACCAACUCUGUCAAUUCUCGGUCACCUCAGCUUUCUGUUCCCAAUUCCACGAACCUUGAAUUUUCUCAGCUCUGGCCAAGCUCAGACCUUCUUUUAAGCACCUUCACUUUUCUCCCUAGUUACUCUGAAAUGUCACUACUCUCCAGCUUUCCCUCCAGUUCUCCAAAGUUUUCUAAAGCACCCACAGUGUCACUCACAGAUGCCGAAGCUCCUUUUACCUCAGCUUUCACUGCAGCUACCUCCUAUUUUGAGUUUUCACUCAUGUCCCAUGAAUCUGCAGUCCCCACACUGGUGCCCUCCAGUUCUGAGCCCAUUUUGACUGCUGAAACUCACUUAACAUCACUUUUGACUGCGGUUCCUACUACACCCGUUUUAACUGAAUCUUCUGUCUUUUCAACCCUGACACCUUCUGAUGGUGGUAUCAGCGCUAUGAACGAUCCCACGUCCGUCUCACCCUCUUUCUCUGAAGUCAUCCCUGUCACCACCGUGGUGGCCAGCACUGGGUACCUGCCAUCAGCAUCCUCGUUUCUUCCUGAGGUGAUCCGCUCGCCUCUGCCUACAGAGCCGGAUGGUACGCGUGGCCCAUCAUUCACACCCACAGAUUUACCGAGGAACACCUCCACUGAACUGAGCACAUCUGACACCAGUGCUGCCCCUGACAAUUCUGUCCACACCACCCUGAACAGCAGAACCGUGAGUCAGAAUCGCCAUGAGGGCGGCACGGUUCUCCCCCCGCCAUCCCUUCAUCCCGCGACCACCCCCGCUUCCGAAGCGACGGUUCAUACUCCAGCGCUGGUCACCACCAAGUCGCCAUAUGUGUGUGAUAUUACGGUUCCCGAUGCCUAUUUGAUCACAACUGUGCUGGCCCGCAGAGCUGUGCAGGAGUACAUCAUUAUGUCCAUCAAAGAGGUGUUGAGGAGCCACUUCAACCGUGUGGUGGAGCUCAAGGUUUAUGAACUGUUCGCUGACUUCACUUUUCUGGUAACAUCUGGUCCCUUCGUUUACACAGCAAUAUCAGUCAUAAAUGUACUUAUAAAUAGUAAACUUGUUCGUGACCAGACUCCUUUAAUCUUGGCUGUGAAACCCUCCUUCCUUAUGCCAGAGUCCAGGUUCCAAGUUCAAACGGUACUGCAAUUUGUGCCUCAGAGUGUGGAUACGGGCUUCUGCAACUUCACCCAGCGCAUCGAGAAAGGCCUGAUGAUAGCUCUCUCUGAAGUGAGAAAACACCACCAGGGGACGUAUAACCUCACGGUGCAGAUCUUGAAUAUCACCGUGGGGUCUUCAAGGCUGGCUCCUCGCCGGGGCCCAGUGAACAUCGUCUUUGCUGUCAGAGGCUCGCAGGGGUUUCUGAAUGGGUCUGAAGUGAGCGAAAUGCUAAGGAACUUGAGCGUGGUGGAGUUCAGUUUCUACCUGGGAUACCCAGUGCUGCAGAUUGCCGAACCCUUCCAGUACCCGCAGCUUAACUUAUCGCAGUUGUUGAAGUCCUCUUGGGUAAGAACAGUCCUCCUGGGUGUUGUCGAGAAGCAGCUCCAGAAUGAAGUGUUUCAAGCUGAGAUGGAGCGCAAACUGGCCCAGCUGCUCAGCGAAGUUUCCACCAGAAGGCGGAUGUGGAGAAGGGCUACCAUCGCUGCUGGGAACAGCCUGGUACAGGUGGUAAAUGUGUCAAGGCUCGAGGGAGAUGAUAAUCCCGUGCAGCUCAUCUACUUUGUGGAAGAUCAAGAUGGAGAAAGACUCAGUGCAGUCAAGUCUUCAGAUCUGAUUAACAAGAUAGAUAUCCAGAGAGCAGCCAUCAUCUUGGGUUACCGAAUUCAAGGAGCUGUUGCCCAACCUGUGGACAGGGUGAAGAGGCCGUCCCCUGAGUCCCAGAGCAGCAACCUCUGGGUCAUCGUGGGCGUGGUCGUGCCGGUGCUGGUGGUGAUAGUGAUUGUCAUCAUCCUCUACUGGAAACUCUGCCGCACGGACAAAUUGGACUUUCAGCCUGACACCAUGGCCAACAUUCAGCAGCGUCAGAAGUUGCAGAUCCCUAGUGUGAAGGGCUUCGACUUUGCUAAGCAGCAUCUGGGUCAGCACAAUAAAGAUGAUAUACUGAUCAUUCAUGAGCCAGCACCGCUGCCAGGACCUGUGAAGGACCACACCACGCCCUCUGAGAAUGGAGAUGUGCCGAGCCCCAAGGCAAAGAUCCCUUCCAAGAACGUCCGUCACAGAGGAAGAGUUUCUCCCUCAGAUGCUGACUCUACAGUAAGUGAAGAGUCCAGUGAGAGGGAAGCAGGGGACAAGACUCCAGGAGCGGUGACCGAUGGCAAGUCCCACAGAGCCCUACAGAGUGGGGCAGCACCCAGCUCGGGGAAUGAGCAGCAUUCGUCAGCCUCCAUCUUCGAGCACGUGGACAGGAUCUCCCGCUCCUCGGAGGCCAGUCGGCGGGUCCCCAAUAAGAUUCAGCUGAUCGCCAUGCAGCCCAUCCCAGCACCUCCAGUUCCGCACCCCAUACUGGCCGACCGAGUGGCAGAAACCAACAAAAUUAACAAAGAGAUCCAGACAGCGCUGCGGCAUAAGUCGGAGAUCGAGCACCAUCGGAACAAGAUCCGGCUCCGCGCCAAGCGCCGUGGGCACUACGAGUUCCCGGUGCUGGACGAGCUGUCGUCGGGAGACACGCGGGAGCGGCACCGCGUGUACCGCAGGGCGCAGAUGCAGAUCGACAAGAUCCUGGACCCCACGGCCAGCGUGCCCUCCGUGUUCAUAGAGCCCAGGAAGAGCUCCAGGAUAAAACGUUCUCCUAAACCACGCCGGAAACAUCAGGUCAAUGGCUGCCCCGGAGAUGCUGAGAAGGACAGACUUAUCACCACAGACAGCGACGGCACUUACAAACGGCCCCCUGGUGUCCACAACUCUGCCUAUAUUGGUUGCCCGUCUGAUCCCGACCUCCCAGCAGAUGUGCAGACACCGUCUUCAGCUGAGCUGGGGAGGUAUCCAGGCCUGCCCUUCCCGGCCUCCCAGUACGUCCCACCCCAGCCGUCCAUCGAGGAGGCGCGGCAGACCAUGCACUCCCUCCUGGAUGAUGCUUUUGCCCUCGUGGCCCCCAGCAGCCAGCCCCCUAGCACUGCGGCUGCAGGCCCUGGCGUCCCAGCCGGCCUGCCUGUGAACAGCACCCCUUCCCGGGAAGAGAGACGAGCCACCCAGUGGGGGUCCUUCUACAGCCCAGCCCAGACGGCCAACAACCCAUGCAGUAGAUAUGAAGACUAUGGAAUGGCUCCCCCAUCAGGCCCAUUACCAAGACCAGGUUUUGGCCCCGGUUUGCUGCAGUCUGCGGAGCUGGUGCCUGCCGAGCCCCAGCAGCCCCAGGCCUCGUCCGAAGCCACCUCGUUUGCUGCCCGAGGGAUCUACUCUGAGGAGGUGCCAUCGGUGGCCCGGCCUCGGCCUGUCGGGGGCACCACAGGCUCCCAGAUCCAGCACCUGACACAGGUGGGAAUUGCCAGCAGAAUUGGAGCUCAGCCAGUGGAAAUCCAACCAGGCAGAGGCAGCCAGUAUGGGGGACCAGGCUGGCCUUCGUACGGGGAGGAUGAAGCCGGCCGGAGAGAGGCUACACACGUGCUCGGACAUCAGGAGUAUUCGUCACCGCUGUUCCAGGUGCCAAGGACUUCAGGGCGGGAGCCCUCGGCUCCUGCUGGGAACCUCCCGCACAGGGGGCUGCCGAGCGCCGGGCUGGCCUACCCUACCAGCUCCACGGAAGACCUCCAGCCCGGCCACUCCUCAGCCUCUCUCAUCAAAGCUAUCCGCGAGGAGCUCCUCCGGCUCUCCCAGAAGCAGACCACCGUGCAGAACUUCCACAGCUGAUUGGCCUCACCUUGCAGAUUUGCCAAGUAUCCGCUUCCCGUGGAAGCAAGACUAAAAGGAAAUCAACUGAGCAGGUGUUUGUAAGAGGACAAGCAUCUCCUGGGCUAAGGGCCCAAGUAAGGGAACAAGUUGCAAUUUUAAAAGAUGCCAUAAGUCACAUGACAGCUCAUGAUGCUUUUAAUACGUUGGCAAUUUUGUGACCACCUGGGUUCAGUUGAAAUUUAUGUACUUUUGGCCAAAAGCCAGCAGCACUUCACGAAAGACCAUCCACGAUUCUAAGCUAAUGAAAUUACUAAGUUAGUCUCUUUUUUAAAGGUGAAAGGUGAAAAUGUGUAGAUGGUGUAGGGAUUAAAGGAAUCUAGUAUUUCCGUGGGAAGAUGUGAUUCAGACUGGUUUGUACAAUGAACCUGCUGCUUUGUUUUCUGAGAAAAGAGAUUUGAAGACAUUAAUAACUUAAUUUCCCUCUUUUCCUCCAUAGGAACUUACUUUAAUAGUAAUAUUAACAACAUGAAUACUAAGACUAUUUGGGAAUUUAAAAAGCUACUAGUGAGAAACCAAAUGAUAGAUCGUAGAGCCUGAUGAUUCCAAACGAAGCCAUCAACUGCAUUUUCCUUCUACUUCUGGUGCUACAGCUCCAAGAGCCCUUCACCUCGUCUGUGAAAUGCAACUUUGGCUUUCUCAAUGGAAGGAUAUGUGGAAGGUUUCAUUUUGUUCUAGAAAGGGAAAAAAAAAAAAGCCUCCC